AUGAGUAGUAUCGGGUUUGAGAAGUGUGUUUCUGAACAUGGAGUGUAUGUUCAGUGUUAUAAGGAGAAUGAAGGUGAAGAAAGAUUGAUUGUGUGCCUGUAUGUGGAUGACUUGCUGAUUACAGGAAGUAGUAGUGAGAGGAUUGCUCGGUUAAAAGUACAAAUGCUACAGGAGUUUGAGAUGAGUGACCUCGGUGAGCUUAGUUACUUUCUUGGAAUUGAGUUCACUAGAACUGAUAGAGGCAUACUGAUAUAUCAAUCUAGGUACGCAUUGAACAUGCUAACUAAGUUUAACAUGUGUCAGUGCAAUUAUGCUAAUACUCCAGUAGAAGUGGGGGUGAAACUUGAGAGAGAUCCUGAGGAGGAGGCUAUAGAUCCUACGGAGUAUAGAAGAAUGGUUGGAAGCUUGAGAUAUCUGUGUAAUACAAGACCAGAUAUCAACUAUAGUGUGGGUUUGGUGAGUAGGUUUAUGCAGAAUCCCAUGGUAUCUCAUCUGAAUACGAUUAAAAGGAUAUUGAGGUACUUAAAAGGUACCACAAGUUAUGGAAUUUUGCUGCCUAAGGAUGAAUCAGGAGGAGAGGUGCGAGUUACGGGCUAUUCAGACUCAGAUUGGUGUGGAGACAAGGGUGAUAGAAAUAGUACAGCAGGGUAUGUUUUUUUCUUAAAUGGAGCUCCAAUAUCAUGGAACUUUUUUAAGGAAUCUGUUGUAGCUCUCUCCUCAUGUGAGGCAGAGUACAUUGCAGCGUGUGAGGCCACUUGUCAAGCAGCUUGGCUUGACUCAUUGAUGAAGGAACUGAGGAUAGAAGUUACAGAGAGGGUCAGACUGCUUGUUGAUAACAAGUUAGCUAUUGACCUGACUAAGCACCCUACAUCUCACGGUAGGAGUAAGCACAUUGAGACACAGUUUCAUUUAAUCAGAGAGCAAGUUGGAAAAGGAAAGCUCGAAGUGGUAUACUGCAGAUCCGAAGACCAGAUUGCAGAUAUACUCACCAAGGCAUUAAAAGAGGAACGCUUUCUAACACUUAGAAAGCAUAUUGGAGUUGAGAAGGUGGAGAUCAGAGCAGAUCAGCAUAAAGGGGUAACGAAAAACUAA